AUGAAGAUUCCUGUUUUUCUCCUUGUUUUAUUUUUCUUUCUGGCCCCAUUGUCACCAGUGAAAUGUGCCAUGAAAGACACCUAUAAUUGCUUUCUCAGGAAAGGCAAAUGUAGACGAGAGUGCCGUGAUUUUGAAAAGCCAGUUGGUUUCUGCACAAACCUGAAUGCUGACUGUUGUAUGUAG